AAAGGUAAAGGUUUUCCCCUGACGUUAAGUCCAGUCAUGUCUGACUCUGGGGGUUGAUGCUCAUCUCCAUUUCUAUGCCGGCGUUGUCCGUAGACACCUCCAAGGUCAUGUGGCCGGCAUGACUGCAUGGAGUGCUGUUACCUUCCCGCCGGAGCGGUACCUAUUGAUCUACUCACAUUGACAUGUUUUCGAACUGCUAGGUUGGCAGGAGCUGGAGCUAACAGCGGCCGCUCACGCUGCUCCCGGGGAUUGAACCUGGGACCUUUCGAUCUCCAGCUCAGUGCUUUAACGCACUUUGCCACCGGGGCUCCUUCCUCAAAGUAUCCCAAAAUUUGGCAGUGACAAGUUGCAAGUAACGCAAUACAUAGGAACAAAGCUAUGGAAGGGAAAAUUACUUAUGACUAUUUAUGACUACUUUUUGAAGAGCAUCAUUAGGCACUAUAAACUAAGACAUUUUGAAAUGCUUCAAGUCAAUCCCAUUUCCUUAAAAAUAGUAACGAAACUGAAAUCACGUGUUACUUUUCGAACACAUACUGUAAGGCAGGUAUAGGCAAACCCAGGCCUGGGAGUCUUUUCUCAGGCCCUCCUCUUUCUCAACGUCCUAUCCUUCCUUCCUUUCUCUUUCCUUCCUUCCUUCCCUCCUUCCUUCCCUUCCACCCUUUUGUCCUUCAUUCUUUCCUUCCCUUUCUAUCUUUCUCCUUCCUUCCCUUCCCUUCCCUUUCUUCUUUCUUUCCUCUCUCCCUCCUCUUCCAGUCAUCAAAUUGCUAUCACUGAAGUAACUUAGAACAUCAAUUGAGCAUUUAGAAGUAGGGUUUCAGCACCCAAAGACAAGGGGCAGCCAAAGUUACCCAGGGAAUAUGAACACAACAAACAUAGUCAUAUGGCAUCCCUUAUAUAAAAUGUUGAAAUCUGGCUUUACUUUUUGUUUUUGGGUGGGAGGAAAGGAAUCUUUUAAAGCUCUUGAUGGUUAAAUCCACGAAUACAAAAUCUGUGGAUGCAGAAGACUGUACUUUGAGAAAGUUUCAAAAAAUAUCUCUCAAGUUCAUCACUAUCCACACUUUCUUUUGAGAUUUGAAGCAGCCUGGUUUUGGAGGGGAUGAUCAGUAGCCGGAGUGUCCCAACAGGAAAGAGACUCAUUCAUUAAAAAGGUGUCUCUCUCCAACUUUUACCUGCUUACUAUUCUUCCUCUCCCAGAUCCUUUCUCGGUGUGAUAUCACUGCCAUUCAAGAAGUGCGUGACUCCAGAGGUAUAGCUAUUCAGAUGCUGCUGAGGGAGCUGAACAGGUGAUAAUUCUGCCAUCUACAUCAUAGCUCCCAUCUACAUCAGAUCAAGUGAUAUAUAAAAAAACCAAGUACUAUUUUAAGCAGCACUUUGGAAAUCUCAGGCCAAGAAAAAGACUGAAAUAGGCUUCUAAUCCCUGAUUAUGCCUGUUAAAACUUUCCUUAAUCCAGUGCCCAGCAGAUAUUUUGGAUUCUAAUUGCUAUAAUGUAUUACCACUAACAGAGGUUACAGAGCAGAAUAUCCAGAAGGCCAUAGUUAAGGGAAGGUUGUGCUAUCUUGUUGACAGUCAUAGUGAGUUUUUAUGGCAAUGAGGUAUUUAUUUACUUACUUACUUACUUACUUACUUACUUACAGUAUUUAUAUUCCGCCCUUCUCACCCCGAAGGGGACUCAGAAUAGAUCACGAUGUACAUAUACAUGCCAAACAUUCAAUGCCAUUAGACAUACAACAUAUAUUUAUUUAUUUUGUGUCAAAAGCAUUGCAUAACAAAUACAUUUUAAAAUGAUGAAAAAAAAGGAAAUCACAAGCAACUAAAUAGUUUUAGACCAAAAACGGGCAACAGCAAACGCAUUGUCCGUAGCUAUAUAUACAACAUAUAGACAGGCACAGAGGCAAUUUAACAUUUUCCAGUAUGCUCAAUUCCGACCACAGGGGGAGGUGCCGCUUCAUCGUCCACUUGUGACACCAAGUCCUUUGAUGGAGUACUUCCUCAUUCCCUUCCACAUGCUGCUGGAAGUUUUUAUGGUGUCGUAAAUUAGUUAAUUAGCCUCCCCACAUAAAGCAGUACCUAAAUUUUCUACUUGACAGAUGCAACUGUUUUUUGAGCUGCUUAGGUCAACAGUGAGCUAGGCUAUUAAAUGGUCGGGAGCUCAAUCCAAUCAGGGCUUCGAUCUCAUGACCCCUCGGUCAGUAGUGAUUUAUUGCAGCAGGCUAUUAACCAGCUGUGCCAGAGCCUGGCAUGCACAAAUAUCCACACAUCCACAAACACAGCACUUGCCACUACAGUCCAUUCUGUUUUUUUAUAACCCCCAUUCCUAAAAUGGAGCCAAGUGAGUUUGCUGUGUUUGACAGACAAAUUUGUGAAUAAUGAAAGCAAAUCCUUGUUGGAUAUUUAUGAUUGUACUUGUACUUCUAAGGAGAAUCACUAGGGGAAUUUUAUGUCACAGGUUCAAAAACAAUUCGGCCUGCUUUGGCAGGGAGGGAGGCAUCUGCUCAUUGUCAUGAUUCAGGCAGCAAAAACAAUGAGCCAACUUUGCAGUCAUCUUCUACAAGUGUAUACAAGCUUUAAUCCAAGUUUCAAAAGAGCUAUCUGGGGUGCUGAAUCCUAUUACAGUAGAGUUUCACUUAUCCAACAUAAACGGGCCGGCAGAACGUUGGAUAAGUGAAUAUGUUGGAUAAUAAGGAGAGAUUAAGAAAAAGCCUAUUAAACAUCGAAAUAGGUUAUGAUUUUACAAAUUAAUCACCAAAACAUCAUGUUAUACAACAAAUUUGACAGAAAAAGUAGUUCAAUACGCAGUAAUGUUAUGUUGUAAUUACUGUUUUUACAAAUUUAGCACCAAAAUAUCACGAUAUAUUGAAAACAUUGAUUACAAAAAUGCGUUGGAUAAUCCAGAAUGUUGGAUAAGUGAGUGUUGGAUAAGUGAGACUCUACUGUAUUAAAUAGAUCCAGUGCCAUAAGACUCCUAUGGAUUCAGCAUAGCAUUGAAAUAGGAGCCGACAGGAGGCAGGUACAAUUAGUAUCUUAGUAUUUUAAUGUCUCAUACAUCCUAAGGGGCCUGACUGGUAAAUCAUUUUAGAGCAGGGAGAAAGGAAAUCAAACACAAUUCCCAAUUAUUCUGGGAGGGCAUAUAAGUGGCAUGAUGGGCUUUUUCUUGUAUGCAGGUAUGAUCGUUCUCAUCACUAUAGCCGCCUGGAGAGCAAGAGACUUGGUCGAGGCAGCUACAAGGAACAGAACGUCUUUGUGUAUCGGAUGGAUGUUGUAUCUAUUAUUGACUGGCGCCAAUUUGAGGAUGAGAAGAUUGGAAACACUGAAGCCUUUGUUAGGGGGCCAUUUGCGGCUCGCUUCCACUCUUUAUUUACAGCCAUCCUGGAUUUUGUGCUCAUAGUACAUCAUACUAGUCCUCGUGAAGCUGCCCAUGAGCUGAACCUGCUGUUUGAUAUGUGCAAGGAACUGAUGGAGCAGUGGAAAACUGAGAAUGUGAUGGUGCUGGGAGACCUAAAUGCUGCUGGUGCUUACAUCCCAGCAAAUGCUUGGGCCAGGAUCCGCCUGCGGCAAGACCUUGGCUUUCACUGGCUCAUCAGCGACACGGAGGACACCACAGUGAGCCACCGGACCUGCUGUGCCUAUGACAGGAUCAUAGUCCAUGGAGAAGAGCUGCUUGGUGCUGUUGUGCCCAGAUCAGCAAAGGCUUUCAAUUUUACGCAAGCACUUGGCCUAUCCGAAGAAGAGGCCCUAGGAAUCAGUGACCAUUAUCCUGUGGAGGUGAACCUGCGGCUUGCCCCUAAAGCCCAGCGAGAGCUCUGAAUCUUCAGCUUCUCUCCUGUUCCUUAGACCUCAAAGGCAAAACAAAGGAACUGGGGGUAUUGCCCAGGGUUAUCCCUGUUUUUGCAAAUAUCAUGGAGAGUGAACCACAUUGGGACAGAUAGCUUGCUUGCCCCCUAAACAUAGAACAGUCCAAAUCUAACCACCAUACAAAAUCUAACCACCAUACAAAAGGGGCCGGGCUGUGGCACAGGCUGUUGAGCAGCCUGCUGCAAUAAAUCACUCUGACCAUGAGGUCAUGAGUUCAAGGCCAGCCCGUGGCAGGGUGAGCACCUGCUAAUUAAAAAAAAAAAUAGCCCCUGCUCGUUGCUGACCUAGCAACCCGAAACAUAGUUGCAUCUAUCAAGUAGGAAAUAAGGUACCACUUAUAAAAGUGGGGAGGCAAGUUUAACUAAUUUACGACUUGGAAUGAGGAAGUGCCAUCAGAGUGGAUGAUGAAGCAGCUGCUCCCCCCGUGGCCAGAAUCGAACAUCCCUUCAGGAGGUUAAAUUGCCUCUGCGUCUGUCUCUGUUUGAUGUGUUUAUGGGCAUUGAAUGCUUGCCCUAUGUGUGUAUAAUGUGAUCCGCCCUGAGUCCCCUUCAGGGUGAGAAGGGCGGAA